UAUUGAAGAGUAGAAUGGAGUAGACCGGUGAUCGAAGAAAAGGGGACCGACUAAAAAGGAAGAAAGAAAAAGCAAACGCAGCUUUAGAACAGCUGAUUGGUUUCUAGGUGCUUUCGUCGUUUUCGUUUUUUAUAUUUCCCGAAACCUGCAACCGCUAUAGCAAUCCAUAACCAAAACUCAGAAGAAAUACAUAAAUAGGAAAAGAAAGAGAAACCGCUCUCUACAUUUUUAGAUUCAAGCACUGGAUUACUCAUGUGCUGAGCUUAGGCUACUUGGCUCUGUCCAAACCCUAGAUUUUUCAGUUCUCUAAGCUUCAUAGAGCUGCGAAAUGGCCUUCUGGUGGCCGAUAAUUGUUCUUGCUUUUGCCUAUGCGAUCUGUCGGUUCUUGUUGAUGCUCAUCCCUCCCAAUGUGCCUUCAAUUGACGUCGAUGCUUCCGAUGUGUUGGAUGGAAAUCAAACGCAGGAGAACAGCUUCAUAUAUAUACCUCCGAGAGGAAGGACGCAGCAACAGGACAAAAAAGUCCAGUGCUAUGAGCCUGCAACUAUGAAGUACUUGGGAUAUUUCCCUGCCUUGUCACCUGCUGAGGUCAAGGACCGUGUGGCACAUGCAAGGAAGGCUCAGAAAACCUGGGCCAAGAGCAGCUUCAAGCAAAGACGUCAGUUUUUGCGGGUACUUCUGAAGUAUAUUAUUGAACACCAAGAGCUUAUAUGCGAGGUGUCUUCGCGCGAUACUGGAAAAACAAUGGUAGAUGCAUCCUUAGGAGAAAUAAUGACUACAUGUGAGAAGAUCACUUGGCUUCUCUCAGAGGGUGAGCGGUGGCUGAAGCCUGAAUAUCGAUCCACUGGGAGAUCAAUGCUUCAUAAGAAAUCCAAGGUGGAGUUUCAUCCCCUUGGUGUCAUUGGUGCCAUUGUGUCAUGGAACUACCCUUUUCAUAAUAUUUUUAAUCCAAUGCUAGCAGCACUCUUUUCAGGAAACAGCAUUGUGAUUAAGGUUUCAGAACAUGCAAGUUGGUCCGGAUGUUUCUACUUCCGAAUAGUUCAAGCUGCACUUGCUGCUGUAGGAGCUCCUGAGAAUCUGGUUGACAUAAUUACAGGGUUUGCUGAAACUGGAGAAGCACUUGUGGCUUCAGUUGAUAAAAUCAUAUUUGUGGGAUCACCUGGUGUGGGUAAGAUGAUCAUGAGAAAUGCUGCAAAUACACUGAUUCCAGUUACACUUGAGCUUGGUGGAAAAGAUGCAUUUAUUGUCUGUGAAGAUGUUGAUGUGCCUCAUGUUGCACAAAUUGCUGUAAGGGCUGCUCUUCAAUCAAGUGGGCAGAAUUGUGCUGGGGCUGAGAGAUUUUAUGUCCAUAAAGACAUCUAUUCUUCAUUUGUCAGUGAAGUUGCUAAAAUUGUAAAAUCUGUUUCAGCUGGUCCACCACUUGCUGGAAGGUAUGACAUGGGAGCAAUAUGCUUGCAAGAGCAUUCUGAUAGGCUUCAAAACCUUGUAAAUGAUGCCAUAGACAAAGGUGCAGAAAUUGUUGCUCGGGGAAGUAUUGGCCAUUUAUCUGAAGGUGCAGUGGACCAGUAUUUCCCCCCCACCAUUCUUGUAAAUGUAAACCACAAAAUGAAAUUGAUGCAAGAAGAGGCAUUUGGACCCAUCAUGCCAAUAAUGAAAUUUAGCUCAGAUGAAGAUGUUGUCAAGCUUGCAAAUGACUCUAGAUAUGGGUUAGGCUGUGCUGUUUUCUCUGGUAGCCAGCGCCGUGCCAAAGAGAUUGCUUCCCAGAUACAUUGCGGAGUUGCUGCAAUUAAUGACUUUGCUUCAUCUUAUAUGUGUCAGUCCUUGCCAUUUGGUGGUGUAAAAGACAGUGGAUUUGGACGAUUUGCUGGUGUCGAAGGGUUGCGGGCCUGUUGUCUUGUAAAAUCAGUUGUUGAGGAUAGAUGGUGGCCUUAUAUCAAAACCAAGAUACCAAAACCUAUUCAGUAUCCUGUUUCGGAGAAUGGCUUCGAGUUUCAAGUGUCGCUUGUAGAAGCACUUUAUGGCUUGAACAUAUGGGACCGGUUGCGAGCUUUGGUCAAUGUUUUGAAGAUACUCACAGAGCAAAACUCCAGCAGCAGUAAGAGAAAUGAUUAAUAUUGAUUUAACCAAUUCCCUUGGAUCUUUUUUCGCGACUUCCGAUCGCCGUUGCCAUUAACUGCUAUAUUGAGCUUAUUUUAGUACUCCUUAUUGUUUAUUUUGGAAGUCUAAGGUGCAUUUCCUUCUCAAAGAGACUAACAUGCGCAUUCCUAAGAUGCUCAAAAUGAAUUAAAAUUUGUGAAUUACACCA